AAAUAUUAAUGGAGAAAGAAUGCCUUGCUCAAAUUAAACUCUUAAUCCUAAUUGGUGCCUUUUCUAUUUCUUCUUCUUUCAAACUCAUCUGGUAGUAGUGAUAUUAUUGCAGGAAGAAAUGGGUGGUACUGUGACCAUCGGGAAUUCUUAUCCAGUGAUCAGGUUUUCAUCUUCGUCGUCGAUAUUCAUUCAGACCCAUCAAAAGAUUCCACUUUUCAGAAUCCAAUACAGGCGGACAAGGAAUCGCCAGCAGCAGCCAUCAUCGUCAUCAGUUGUUAAUGCUCGUUUAUUUGGGCCAUCUAUAUUCGAAGCUUCAAAGCUUAAGGUUUUGUUUUUAGGGGUGGAUAAAGAAGAUAGACAACAUCCUGGAAAUAUUCCAAGAACUUAUACGUUUACCCACAGUGAUCUUACCUCUAAUCUCACUUUGUCUAUCUCCCAAACCAUAAACAAUUCACAGGUGCAGGGGUGGUACAGCAAGUUGCAGAGAGAUGAAGUGGUUGCAGAAUGGAAGAAGGUGAAGGGAAAGAUGUCUCUUCAUGUCCAUUGCCAUAUAAGUGGUGGCUGGGACGGUCAUUUCCUGCUUAAUCUAUGUGCUCCGCUAAGAUACUUCAUUUUUCGCAAAGAAUUGCCUCUGGUUCUCAAGGCGUUUGUACACGGAGAUGGGAAUUUGCUCAACAAUUACCCUGAAUUGAAGCAAGCCAUGGUUUGGGUCUAUUUCCAUUCCGACAUUCCAGAUUUCAACAAGGUCGAGUGUUGGGGCCCUCUUGAUCAUCAACAGAAGAUUCAUGAUCAGUAUGAAGAAGAGGAAUCCCUUGAUCAAGUACCAAAACCAUGCCAGCAAACUUGCGGAUGCUGCUUUCCACCAAUAGGCGGUGGAGGAGGCUGCGGACCGAUGUCACCAAUCAAUUGACCUUGUUUGGCUUUGUAAAUUCUUUCUCUCUGACUCAAUUGGACAAAGCUUAUUAAAUUUAUUUAUAGAAUAAAGAAUAAGAUCAGCUUGCUAUAU